GACCUUCUGGUCUCGCCGGUCUCCGUGCGGCGGCAUCUCCGUGUCCCUGUGACUCGAGACCGCGGCUGUCGGGUCUCCCCCUCUCUGACCCUGCGUCUCUGUCCCCGCUGUGUCCGCCCUCUCUCCGUGACUCUGUGUCUCUCGCUGUCUUGCUGUGGCUGUCACUCCCAGGCUGUCCCCCAGUGAGUCCUGCUCUCCGUCUGCAUGUGUCCCUCUCCCUUGUCGCUGACUCCUCGGCUCUCUCCGGGGCUGUUUCUCCAUCCUGUCCCGCCUCUGCCUGUCCUUGCCUUUCUGCCUCCCCAGCCCCAGAAUUUCCAUCCCUGCACCCUGCAAGUCCACCUCUCUCCUCUCCUCUCCUCCUAAGACCUGCCUUCCUCCUCUCCCCUCUCAUACCCAAGCUGGCCUCCCUUGGUUCCCUCGGUACUUCCUGGACUCUACCUCGGAAACUUCAUUGAUGCCAAAGACCUGGAUCAGCUGGGCCGAAAUAAGAUCACACACAUCAUCUCUAUCCAUGAGUCACCCCAGCCUCUGCUGCAGGAUAUCACCUACCUUCGCAUCCCGGUCGCUGAUACCCCUGAGGUACCCAUCAAAAAGCACUUCAAAGAAUGUAUCAACUUCAUCCACUGCUGCCGCCUUAAUGGGGGGAACUGCCUUGUGCACUGCUUUGCAGGCAUCUCUCGCAGCACCACGAUUGUGACAGCGUAUGUGAUGACUGUGACGGGGCUAGGCUGGCGGGACGUGCUUGAAGCCAUCAAGGCCACCAGGCCCAUCGCCAACCCCAACCCAGGCUUUAGGCAGCAGCUUGAAGAGUUUGGCUGGGCCAGUUCCCAGAAGCUUCGUCGGCAGCUGGAGGAGCGCUUCGGCGAGAGCCCCUUCCGCGACGAGGAGGAGUUGCGCGCGCUGCUGCCGCUGUGCAAGCGCUGCCGGCAGGGCUCCGCGACCUCGGCCUCCUCCGCCGGGCCGCACUCAGCAGCCUCCGAGGGAACCCUGCAGCGCCUGGUGCCGCGCACGCCCCGGGAAGCCCACCGGCCGCUGCCGCUGCUGGCGCGCGUCAAGCAGACUUUCUCUUGCCUCCCCCGGUGUCUGUCCCGCAAGGGCGGCAAGUGAGGAUGCAGUCCAGCCGUGGCUCCCCACUUCCUCCCGACUGGCUCCCUUCGGGGGCUCUCUGCGCCUUCCACGCCCCCCAGGACGGGCCCAGAGGCUGGGGGAGCCCCGCGGCGGCCUGAACCCUGCCUCCCGCGCCCGCCCUGCUCGUCCGCGUCUGCAGUCAGCGUCCCCAACCUGUGCGUCUCUGUGUCUGGGCCGGCCUGCUGCAGCCACCUGGUGCCUUAGUCCUUGGGCUGGGGGAGGGGGCCCACCCUUAAAGGCGGCGGGAGGGGAGGGAGGGAGAGUGGAGGGUUUGACGGGCCUGGAGGGUAUUAAAGAGACACAGAAGAA